AUGGAGGUGUAUAUGGGGGGGGGGGGGGGGGGGUGUGCGGGUGGUGUGCGGGGGGAUAUGGAGGUGUAUAUGGGGGGUGGGGGGAGGGGGGGUGCGGGUGGUGUGCGGGGGGAUAUGGAGGUGUAUAUGGGGGGGGGGGUGUGUGCGGGUGGUGUGCAGGGGGAUAUGGAGGUGUAUAUGGGGGGGGGGGGUGCGGGUGGUGUGCGGGGGGAUAUGGAGGUGUAUAUGGGGGGAGGGUGUGCGGGUGGUGUGCGGGGGGAUAUGGAGGUGUAUAUGGGGGGGGGGUGGGGGGUGUACGGGUGGUGUGUGCGGGGGGAUAUGGAGGUGGAUAUGAAGGGGGAGGGCGGGUGGUGUGCGGGGGGAUAUGGAGGUGGAUAUGAAGGGGGAGGGCGGGUGGUGUGCGGGGGGAUAUGGAGCUGUCCAUCCCCCUCUGCCUCUCACAUCUGCAUGCACUCACUAUGUCUGGAUGGAGCGAAGGCAUAUGUGGGAGUUGCUACACUCGAUAGUGUCGAUGGUGACGUGGGUAGGCGCUGGUGA